CUGCUGCCAGCCCGCGGGCACCGGAGUCCUGCCCGCUGUCGCACGAGUAGCCACGGGCGCGAUCGGGGCCAGCCGCGUUCUCCUCCAUGAUCACUUUGGGAGCCGGGGGAAGACUUGGCCCGGCCGUGAGAGCUGGUUUGCGUUUCCCAGGCGCAGCGGAGCAGCAGCAGCAGCAGCAGCAGCAGCAGCCCGGGCCGAAUCGGAGUGGCCACAGCCCGGGGCGUGUGCGCCCCGCGCGAAGCGUGCUCGGGUUCCCCACGGAAUGUCCCCGGGGCGCCCGGCGCGCUGACCCUGCAGCCGCCUCCGCCCUCGGCGCUCACGGCUUCCCUCGUCCGGGCUCGGUGUUUGGGACCACGAGUCUCCUGGCUCCCGGGCAGUGGGGAAGCCCCCGGGGGCGGGUGACCUCAGCUGGCCAAGACCCAGCCCUCUACCGUGUGCAUCUCGCUUAAGAUGGCAGCGGAGUCAGGGGAGCUAAUCGGGGCUUGCGAGUUCAUGAAAGAUCGGUUAUAUUUUGCUACUUUAAGGAAUAGACCAAAAAGCACAGUAAAUACCCACUAUUUCUCCAUCGAUGAGGAGCUGGUCUAUGAAAAUUUCUAUGCAGAUUUUGGACCUCUGAACUUGGCAAUGGUGUACAGAUACUGCUGUAAACUAAACAAGAAGCUAAAGUCAUACAGUUUAUCAAGAAAGAAAAUAGUGCAUUACACCUGUUUUGAUCAACGGAAAAGAGCAAAUGCAGCAUUUUUGAUAGGUGCUUAUGCGGUAAUUUAUUUAAAGAAGACCCCAGAAGAAGCCUACAGAGCACUCCUAUCUGGCUCCAACAAUGCCUAUCUUCCAUUCAGGGAUGCUUCCUUUGGAAAUUGCACUUACAAUCUCACCAUCCUCGACUGCUUGCAGGGAAUCAGAAAGGGAUUACAACAUGGAUUUUUUGACUUUGAAACAUUUGAUGUGGAUGAAUAUGAACAUUAUGAGCGAGUUGAAAAUGGUGACUUCAACUGGAUUGUCCCAGGAAAAUUUUUAGCAUUUAGUGGACCACAUCCAAAAAGCAAAAUUGAAAAUGGUUACCCUCUGCACGCCCCGGAAGCCUACUUUCCUUACUUCAAAAAGCACAACGUGACUGCCAUCGUGCGGCUGAACAAGAAGAUUUACGAGGCGAAGCGCUUCACGGACGCCGGCUUCGAGCACUACGACCUGUUCUUCAUCGACGGCAGCACGCCCAGCGACAACAUCGUGCGCCGGUUCCUGACCAUCUGUGAGAACACCGAGGGCGCCAUCGCCGUGCACUGCAAAGCUGGUCUUGGGAGAACAGGGACACUGAUAGCCUGUUAUGUCAUGAAACACUACAGGUUCACACACGCUGAAAUCAUCGCUUGGAUCAGAAUAUGCCGGCCUGGCUCCAUUAUAGGACCUCAGCAGCACUUCCUGGAAGAAAAACAAGCAUCAUUGUGGGUCCAAGGAGACAUUUUCCGAUCCAAACUGAAAAAUAGACCAUCCAGUGAAGGAAGUAUUAAUAAAAUUCUGUCUAGCUUGGAUGAUAUGUCUAUUGGUGGAAACUUAUCUAAAAUACAAAACAUGGAAAGGUUUGGAGAGAAUAAUCUAGAAGACGAUGAAGAUGUGGAAAUGAAAAAUAAUAUAACCCAGGGAGAUAAACUACGUGCCUUAAAAAGUCAGAGACAGCCACGCUCUUCUCCGUCCUGUGCAUUUAGGUCAGAUGACGUGAAAGGGCCCCCAAGAACAGUGUCCCAGCCUUUCAGAUUAAGCUCUUCCCCGCAAGGAUCUGCAAGUACUCUGAAGACCUCAAAAGUGGCUUUGUCCCCUUCAGCGACAGCCAAGAGGAUAAACAGAGGUACUUUGUCCUCAGGCGCCAAUGGCAGAAGCUUUUCCAUAAACUCCCGGCUAGCCAGCUCCUUAGGGAACUUGAAUGCUGCAGCAGAUGAUCCAGAAAACAAAAAGACCUGCUCAUCCUCUAAGGCAGGUUUCACAGCCAGCCCGUUCACCAACCUCUUGAAUGGCAGCUCCCAGCCGGCCACCAGAAAUUACCCAGAGCUCAACAACAACCAGUACAACAGAAGCAACAGCAGCAGCGGGGGCAAUCUGAACAGCCCCCCGGGCCCCCUCAGCACCAAGGCCGAAGAGCCCACCACCGUCUUCCGACCCUCCUACCCUGGCCUUUCUUCAUCUUCAGCGAGAUUCCUGAGCCGUUCCAUCCCCUCCCUUCAGUCUGAAUAUGUUCCUUACUAAGGCCUUGCCACUCCGGUGAACGCAGCACCACCCUUAGACACAGUUCCUUCAUCUGGACAAGCAAAGCAGGGGGAAAGCAGCUGCUUGCUGGAAGAAUCUCUCCACCUGCUUACCUUAAAUUAAGGCGAGCACUAAGAUAACACCUCCAAGAGACUUAAACCAGAACCCUGGCUAAUGACUACUACACAUGCACUGAAACUAUGUUUAUGGAGAUUCCAACACUUUUUAAGAGAGUUUUCAAUGUUGACUUUGGUAUUAUGAAAGGUUAUUUUUAAAUGUAUUUCAAUAAUACAUUUGUUAUUGCAUUUACAUGUACAGUGUUAUGUAUGUAUUGUGAACUUUGAAAGACUAUUUUGAUAAAUUUAUAAAUAUAUAAAAACUAGACUAUAUUUUGAUUUAGAUCUUCCUGCUGUUUGUUACCAAAAAGUUCUAUUUUCGAUUUGUUUAGUUUUGUCAACAAUGACUGAAUAAUUCUUCCUUAUUAAUAAGAGAAAGCGAGGGAGAACAUUUGUAGGAAGUGAUUCUUACGUUCCCUCCAUAAACACAGCAGAUUAGUUCAUUCUUUUGGGAAGUUGAUUUGGUUUACUGAGUUCAUUCACACUUAUCUCUACCAGGAGCACUGUUGCUAUGGCUUACUAAGUACAAAGCCUUUUUCUUUCUUCGUUUCUUGUUGCUGAGCCAUUUAAAUUGGUUUUGCAUCCUUGGCGGCUUUAAAAAAAUGUUCGCAUCCUGUUGAAGACCAAAAUUCACCGAGUAUCUCCUGAAAACAUGAUUUUCUUCUGUGCUAUGAUUCAACAUUCCAAAAUCUUUUAUUUCUUUCAUUCUUUCAAAAGAGUUCUCCUUUUGAAAUGCCUUAUAUUUUCUCUCUUACAUAUGCAGAGAGACACGUAUUUUAAUAUUUACAUCCAAAGUCACCCAGAACUCUGUCACUAAAUACAUGUACAAAUAGGAUUUGAAUUAGCAACAAAGCACCUCAAAUCAUUUUCCCUAGUUAAAAUAUUCUGCUUUUGGUACAAGGUCGUUGCCUUGUUAUCGUACGUAGCCUGAUGCCAGUUUCAAGUUAAUGAGGAUGAGGGAAAAAAAAAAAGCCGGAGAAAGAUGCUGCUAAGUAGUUCUCCGUAUUCUGGGAGAUAUUUUACAAAUAGCGUGCAACCACCUGGUGUGCACGCUGUUGUAUUUGGAACCUAACAAGAAAAUGAAAGGGCGACCUUAUGGGUAUUCACAAGCCUUUUCAUGUAAGUAUGAUCUUUAAUUUAGGUUUCCAGAAGUCUGCAGGCGCUAGUUCUGUAAGCAGGGGUUAGCGGGGGGUGGGCUUGGAUCCUGGUGCUUUGCCAGGCUGUUUAAGAAGGGACUACUCCGAUGCUGAAAGUGCUACUUGAAUAACUUCCUUCUUGAAGUGUUUUACCCCCAAACCAUUGAGCUACUUAUAAUGUAUUUAUUAAGCGGAGGUACCUUGAGAUGAUUAUACAUGGUUCAGCAAGGCAUCUUAUUCAUGUCUUAUGUUUUGUAAAAAAGCAUUUGAAUGAAUGUUUGACUCAGGUUUGUUAACCUUCAAUAAAGGCAGUAACCAAAUAAUUGCACUCAACUGAUGAAAAAAUAAACUGUUUUAGGGAUCAACAAUUAAAAUAAGUGAAAUUAAAUUGUAUAUCUUUUCUAAGCUGAAGAUAAAAUAUUUUUAUUAUGAGGUAUUGUAAAAGAGAUUGGUUAAUUGUAUAGGAAAAUGAUAAUAUUUUUUUCAAAUGAUCAUUGUAAAGUAAUUGAGAUGAUGUUUGCAACGUAGGGGAAGGGCAACUGUUGAUAUUUUUAGUUCUGUGAACACUAACUUGUGUGCAGCUGUUAAAAUGAUUGUAAAGUUGACUACUGUAAAUUUUCCUGAAUUAUGUGUGUAUGUGUCAUAUGUAUCCACACGUGUAUGUCUUAAAAUUAGUUAUACAUGUUUGAAUACAUGGACACGCAGAGAUGUGGAUGUAUAUAAUACGGAAAGUAUAUAGUAAAGUAAUUCUACUCUAAUAAUAAAAGUUGUUUGACAUGUAUUUUGUUAUUAAUAGUUUACCUUCUGGAAAAUAUUUUGUUCUAUUUUAAAGUGUAGAAGAAUACACUGCUAAUAAAUAAUAAACAUUUUGUGAAAUUUAUUCAUGGCCUUUAUAAUUUGGAUUUUAAAUUAUCAAUGUACUGACUUAUCUUUAUAAUUUUAUCUUUUGCUUCAGCAUUGUUAAUUCCUUUGCAAUUCUCAAAAUUUUCUCUCUGGCUUUUUAAUUUAUCUUUUGUUGACUUUCUAGCAUUGAAACCAUUGCCUAAAAUACAUGACAGUGAGCUCAAAGAAAACUUACUUGAAUUUCACAAAAGUCAGAUUAUAAUCUUCACUCUCAUUUUUUCUAAUUUUCCUUUCUGUUAAUAAAAUAGUGACCAUGGAUUCUGCUUGGUCUUUUAUGAUUAUUGAUGACUAUUGAUGAUUAUUGACAAUGGGCAUCAAUUCCUUUUGGGGAAGAAUGGCCAUUUUUUUUUUCUAAGAGAAGCUGUAGAGCUAAAUCAGAUGACACAAACCUCACAUCUGUUGGACUCACAUCCUGAAGAAUGGACUUAUAAGGAAGACACUUUCUGCUUGAAGUCAUUUUACAUAUUAAAUUGAAUCUCUAACUUAUGAUGUUUCAGGUGCAUGUCCAUGUGUGUUCCUGCGGUGUGUGUGUGUUUAUA